AUGGAUCUUCCAAAUAGUGAGUUUCGUAUACUAUCAUGGUUGAAUGAAGAGGAAGACGAGAAUGAAGUUGUUGAUGGAGAUCCACAUGGAAACGUUUCUGUGUCUGAUGCAGAAAGUGAACACAGCAAUCACGACACUGCUCUGAACAAACGGGUGAUGAGGAAGAAAAAAACAAUGAAUCCCAACAAUCGAGGCGCAAGCAUGAGAAAUUCUCGUCAUAACCAGCACUCAGGACGACCUCGAUGGCCUUCAUCCUUCAAGGACUAUCAGUGCUAUAGCCAAAGUGAUGGAGGUUCACCUGGCAAAGAUCCAGUGUUCUACCCUAAGCCCCAAGGUACUGUGGCUGGACAAAGUCCAAGCCACUAUCCCCCACUACAUCCAGGUGAUCUGCCGGGUGAACUGCGCCAAUUGUCUCCACCCCUUCAUGUCAACAUUCGUGCUCAGGAUAAUGGACUGUCAGUGCGAGGAGGUCCUUUGCUUAGCAUUAGUCCUGGACUACUUGGCUCUAGCCCCCUGGACGUAGCUCAGAGAGGGUUAGAGUUCUCCCCACGACGCAGCGGUCCAGAUCUGAGAUUAAGUCCGAUACAAAUUCCCCAUUCACCACCAUUCUUCCGCAACGGAGGACAAGAUGAUGGAAGAAAAAAAGAGGCGACGGUUGUCUCAUCAUCAAAUUGUGGAGUUGGCCCCCACCCCUCCCCCUCACCCUCAUCCACUACCUCAUCCCCAUCCCCAUCCUCUUUUCCCAUUCCCAUCCUCAUUCCCCAUCCUCAUCCCCACUCUCAUUCCCACCCCCAUCAUUCUAACAGCUGGGAAAGACACCAGCGUGCUGUGAGGCACCAACAACCCUCCCGCAACAGGGGAAGCCCUCCAAUAAGGCGGCCAUGCUACCGAGAUUGGAACUCUGAAGGUUUCUCGCUGAACCAUCAUAGUUUCCUGCCCAACCCACACCAAGCUCAGCCACAGCCCACUGUAGUCAUGGAUGUCACACAGGUGCCGGUCACGUUACCUCUGUCACUGUACUCUACACCAAUCACUGUGUGUCAGGCCAACACCACUCCACCCUCCCCCUGUCUCUACAACCCUCCGCAGUUCAACCCUACAUGUCAGGUGCCUUCUCCAUUUGGUGGCUGUCUUCCACAUCAUGCCCCUCCACCAGCUCACCACCAUCACCAUCAUCACGGCGGCUACACACCCCCACCACUAGCUACUGUACCUGGCUCCUACCUGGUGCCCCCUCGCCAGGAGCCUGCUCCGCCCUUCCACCCCGCCCCACUAGUACAAGUCGCCUCACCACCCUCUAUAUUCAUAUCUGAGGUACGAGGAGCGCCACUGGAUGUGCGCAGACAUGCAGCAGCUCUUCCACGUCGCAACUCUGCACGGCGGUGGAGACCUCAGUUACAAGCCCCCAGUGCGUACCAGGCUGGCUGGCUUCACCUCUUAGCUAUGUUCUCUAACCCACCACUGUCGCCGUACAGCCAGAACGAACUUAGUUCACCCGAUUCUACGGAGACAGAGAACUACGAAGCACUACUGAGUCUAGCAGAGCGUCUGGGAGAAGCUAAACCACGAGGCCUGCAUCGUAGUGAGAUUGAUCAACUGCCCUCUUUCAAAUUUAAUGCAGAGACUCACCAAGGCGACCAGACAUCUUGUGUGGUCUGCAUGUGUGAUUUCGAGCCCAGACAAGUGUUGCGAGGUCUACCUUGCUCACACGAGUUCCACGCUAAGUGCGUCGACAAGUGGCUCAAGUCAAACCGCACCUGUCCCAUCUGCCGUGGUGAUGCCUCCGGUUAUUUCAGCUCCUCCGAGUGAACUUCAUCCUGUUAGCUUCUCUUGUAACUUUGAAGUAUUUAUUGCAACUCAAUUCCUUAUAUAAUUGUUACAAUAGUUUAGUGGACUUUAAAAUUCAAGUAUUUAUAUUUUAAAGUGCUAAAACAAUUAUUGUUAUUUUACUGUUACUAACCAAUUAAGUUUUGUGUUAUCAUUGUAGUUGAUUUGCACAUUUUUGUAUUAUUUUUGUAUGUGCCUUCAUGUUAUUGUGAGUUCUGUUAUAAAUUAUGCAAAUGCGAUUUCCA